AGGCGGGGCUCGGGGCGGCGAAUAAAGACUCUUGCGGAAAUGGCGUCUCCGUGUCGAAGUGUCUGCUGGGAAGCGUAGUUCCGGGCGGGCGCGGCUGGGCGCGCAAGCGCAUUCCGGCCCAGUUGGCUCGGUGGCGGCUGCGAUGUCGGCCUCGGCAGGCGGCCCGGGGCCCCGAGGACGAGGAGCUGCCGCCGCCGCCGCCGCCAGGCUCGACAUCAACCGGGCCGGCGCGGCGGAGCUGGAGCGGGCGCUGGUGGGGAUCGGGCGCCGGCGGGCGCGGGGCAUCGUCCGCAAGAGGGAGGAGCUGAAGGGCUUCGCCUCGCUGGAGCAGCUGCUGCACGUCAAGGGCGUCACGGCCCGGACCCUGGAGCUCAACCGCCCGCGGGUCACCUGCUCGCCGCCCGCCGCCGCCCCGCUGGCCCGCCUUCGCCGACGCGCCGCCCCCCCGCAGGUAGGCCGGGCUCCGGCCGGCCGGAGGCUCCUGGGCUGCCGCCGCCUCCGCCUCCCUUCUGCUCCUGCCCCCCAGGCCGAGGGGCCGGCGGCGGCGGCGGCGGCGGCCUCUCCCCGCGACCCCCGCCUGCCCGCCCGCCUGCCCGGCUUCUUGCAGGGUCUGGAGCAGGAGGAGGAGGAGCCGCCGCAGCAGCCGCAUCCCGGCGGCGGGAGCAGCUGGCAGCCGCCUUGCUCGGCCGAGGAGGAGGCGGCGGCGGCGGCGGCGGAGGAUCCGGGCCCCGAGGCUGGGCGCUCCUACCCGGCGCUGGCGGGGCCGGAGUCGGAGGACGAGGGGAGCAGCAGCAGCAGCGGCGGCCACGGCAGCCCCCAGGCUGGCGAAGGCGGCGAUGACGUCUACUUCUAUUACACGGUGGACGAGCGCUGGAUCGACUACCUGGAGCGCACCGAAGGCGGGGGGCUCAUCCGCCACGCCCGGCCCAAGAUGAAGCGCAAGUCAGAGAACGGCCUAGACGGCCGGGCCCUGUCCCCUGGCAAGAAGCUGUGCAAGAGUGCGGAGCGGGGCAGGAUGCUGGGUCCCUCUGUGGCCAGCCCCACUGCCACCUUUGGGGACUUGCGGAAUGCCAAGGCUGGCCAGGCACGCUGCCGGCAUGUCCCGCCUGUGACGCCACCCCCCGAGUUGCAGGACUGGCUCCGGACUUUCCAGCGCUGGAGUGGCCCAGAGAAGCUGCUGGCCCUGGAUGAGCUCAUUGACCGCUGCGAACCCCCCCAAAUCAAGCACAUGAUGCAGGUGAUUGAGCCCCAAUUCCAGCGUGACUUCAUCUCUCUUCUGCCCAAGGAGCUGGCCCUCUACGUGCUCUCCUUCCUGGAGCCCCGGGACCUGCUCCGCGCUGCCCAGACCUGCCGCUACUGGCGCAUCCUGGCAGAAGACAACCUGCUCUGGCGAGAGAAGUGCCGGGACGUAGGCAUCGAGGAGCCGCUGAGCCUGCGCAAGCGCCGACUGCUCAGCCCCGGCUUCAUGUACAGCCCCUGGAAACUGGCCUUCCUGCGGCAGCACCGGAUCGACAUGAACUGGCGCAGCGGGGAUGCCCGGCCCCCCAAGGUCCUGAAGGGCCACGACGACCACGUCAUCACGUGCCUCCAGUUCUGUGGCAACCGCAUUGUCAGUGGCUCAGACGACAACACGCUCAAGGUGUGGUCAGCGGUCACCGGGGAGUGUGUGCAGACCCUCGUGGGCCACACCGGGGGCGUCUGGUCCUCCCAGAUGCGGGACAACGUUGUGAUCAGUGGCUCCACCGACCGGACCCUGAAGGUGUGGAACGCCGACACGGGCGAGUGCCUCCACACCCUCUACGGGCACACCUCCACCGUGCGUUGCAUGCAUCUCCACGGCACCAGGGUUGUGAGUGGGUCCCGCGACGCCACUCUUCGCCUGUGGGACAUCGAGACAGGGCAGUGUCUGCAUGUGCUGAUGGGCCACGUGGCUGCCGUGCGCUGCGUCCAGUACGACGGGCACAAGGUGGUGAGUGGCGCCUACGACUACACGGUGAAAGUCUGGGACCCCGAGACGGAGAGCUGCAUCCACACCCUGCAAGGCCACACCAACCGCGUCUACUCGCUGCAGUUUGAUGGCACCCACAUCGUGAGCGGCUCUCUAGACACCUCGAUCCGCGUCUGGGAUGCCGACAGCGGCAACUGCCUGCACACCCUGAUGGGGCACCAGUCCCUGACCAGCGGCAUGGAGCUGCGGGACAACAUCCUGGUCUCGGGCAACGCAGACUCCACCGUCAAGAUCUGGGACAUCAAGGCGGGCCAGUGUCUGCAGACGCUGCAAGGGCCCAGCAAGCACCAGAGCGCGGUCACCUGCCUGCAGUUCUCCUCCAAGUUUGUGGUGACCAGUUCCGACGACGGCACCGUCAAGUUGUGGGACCUGAAGACGGGCGAGUUUGUGCGGGACUUGGUGGCUCUGGAGAGCGGGGGCAGCGGGGGCGUGGUCUGGCGCAUCCGCGCCUCCAAGACCAAGCUGGUGUGCGCUGUCGGGAGCCGCAACGGCACGGAGGAGACCAAGCUGCUUGUGCUGGACUUUGACGUGGAUCUGAAGUGAGGGGGGGGGCGGGGAGCCUGCAGGCCGGGCCUCCCCGCAGGGCCAUCCCAGGACCUUAUUUAUAGCUGCCACGGUGGACCCUGGGAGGCUGCUUUUGUACACACAAAGAAUAUAUCACUUUAUUUCUGUA